AUGAGCUCGAACAGGCACUGGGAAGAAUGGUUCCUGAACAUGCAGGUGUCCCCGACCGGCGUGUUUGCUGUAGCCUUUCUUGCCCGAGUUGCCUUGGUUUUCUACGGAGUCUUUCAGGACCGGACUCUGCACGUCAGGUAUACAGACAUCGACUACCACGUCUUCACGGACGCCGCGCGCUUCAUCACCGAAGGCCGCUCCCCUUAUCUGCGGGCCACGUACCGAUACACUCCUCUGCUGGGUUGGCUUCUCACUCCCAACAUCUACCUCCAUGAGCUCUUCGGAAAGUUUCUCUUUAUCAGCUGCGACCUCCUCACCGCCUUCCUCAUAUACCGCCUGCUGCUGCUUAAGGGACUGGGCCAGCGGCGUGCGUGCGGCUACUGUGCCUUCUGGCUGCUUAACCCCCUCCCCAUGGCAGUAUCCAGUCGAGGUAAUGCGGACUCCAUCGUCGCCUCCUUGGUGCUCAUGGCCUUGUACUUCAUAGAGACAAGACUCGUGGCGUGUGCCGCUGUCUUUUAUGGUUUCGCGGUACAUAUGAAGAUCUACCCGGUGACCUACAUCCUUCCCAUAGCGCUCCGCCUGGCUCCACAACGCGUCAGUACCCGAAGCUUCCAGCAGACCCAGAGUCCUCUCAAGGAGCGUCUGAACAAAUUCCUCAAGAGGUUGUGCAGUCAGUCUGUGCUGCUCUUUGUAGCAGUUUCUGGACUCACAUUUAUUGCUCUGAGCUUUGGUUUUUACUUAGAGUACGGUUGGGAGUUUUUGGAGCACACCUACCUUUAUCAUCUGACCAGGCGGGAUAUCCGUCACAACUUUUCUCCCUACUUCUACAUGCUGUAUUUGACCGCGGAGAGCAAGUGGAGUUUCACGCUAGGACUUGCGGCCUUCCUGCCGCAGUUCAUCUUGCUUUCAGCAGUGUCCUUCGCCUAUUUCAGAGACCUCACCUUUUGCUGUUUUCUUCAUACAGCCAUUUUUGUGACUUUUAACAAAGUCUGCACCUCCCAGUACUUUCUUUGGUAUCUCUGCCUUCUGCCUCUUGUGAUGCCCCGAGUGAGAAUAACUUGGAAAAGAGCUGUGGUUCUCCUAAUGUUAUGGUUUAUAGGACAAGGCUUGUGGCUAGCUCCUGCCUAUGUUCUUGAGUUUGAAGGUCAGAACACCUUUCUGUUUAUUUGGUUAGCUGGUUUGUUCUUCCUUCUUAUCAACUGUUGCAUCCUGAUUCAAAUUAUUUCCCAUUAUAAGAAGGAACCCUUUUCAGUGAGAAUCAAAUAUGAUUGA